AUGCGAUUCUUAUCCACCGCCACCGCCUUGGCAAGCCUCGGCGCCGCCCUUCCCUCUGCCUCGCAGACUUCGGUCCAUGAGAAGAGAAUUGGUGAGCCCAUUGCUUGGGUCCGCCAGGACCGCGCCAACAAGGACCUUGUUCUUCCGGUCCGCAUUGGCUUGAAGCAGGCCAACCUGGAGAACAUGUACAAGUUUGUUGACGAUGUCGCAAACCCAAAGUCAGCCAACUUUGGAAAGCACUGGACUCCCGAACAGAUCGCCAAGACCUUUGCCCCCGAUGAGGCCUCCAUCAAGGAGACCAUCGCUUGGCUGGUCAGCUCCGGCAUCAGCGCUUCCAGAAUUAAGCGUUCUGCUGGUGACAAUUGGCUCGAGUUCGACUCUACCGUUGCCGAAGCAGAGAAGCUCUUCCACACCGAGUACUACAACUUCCAGCAGCGCGGCUCGACCGGCUCCCGCAUAGCGUCCGACGAAUACAGCUUGCCCAACGCUGUGCGCGAGCAUGUCGACUUUAUCAUGCCCACCAUCCAGCUCGAUGGAUUAAAGCCUGUCCCUCGCAAGCACCUCGAGACGCUCAAGGACGCCGCCCCCCUUAACAUUACCGGCCUUACCAACAGCACCGUCAACUGCGACAGACUCGUCACCAUUGACUGUCUCCGUGCUUUGUACGGCAUCCCCAUUCCCGAUGACAUGACCGCAGACAAGAGCAACGUCAUGGGCAUCGCUGAGUGGGCCGACUACCUCUACAACCCCGACCUCGACGUUUUCUAUGCCAACUACACCAACCCCGUUAUCCCCAAGGGCACUCGCCCCGAGUUCGUCUCCAUUGACGGCGGCAAGCCCGGUAACUACGACCGUGUCAAGUCUGGAAACAACGUUGAGAGUGCUCUUGACUUCAUGUCCGCUUACUCCAUUAUCUACCCUCAAAACACCCGUCUCUACCAGGUCGGUGAUGGCGUCAACGUUGACUCUGUCGGCACCUUCAACAUCUUCCUCGAUGCGCUCGAUGGCUCCUACUGCACCUACAAGGGUGGCGACCAGCCCUACAUUGACCCUGCCUACCCCGACCCCAACGAUGGCGGAUACACUGGCCCUCACCAGUGCGGCGGUGCUCCCAUGAGCAACGUCAUUUCUGUCUCGUACGGACAGAUCGAGGCUUCGCUGCCCCGAUUCUACCAGGAGCGUCAGUGCUACGAAUGGGCCAAGCUUGGUCUCCAGGGUGUCUCUGUCAUCUUUGCUUCUGGCGACAGCGGUGUUGCCAACCGCUACAACGCUGGCUACCCCGAGACCUGCUUAGAUGAGGACGAGAAGUUUGUUGACGAGCACGGCAAGCGUUUCUCUCCUUCGUUCCCAGUUAACUGCCCGUACAUCACUGCUGUUGGUGCCACCACUCUCCUCACCAAGGACGUCAAGGAUGGUGAGCGUGCCGUUGCCCGUUUCGGUUCCGGUGGUGGUUUCAGUGACAUCUUCACUGCCCCCGACUACCAGUUGGACGUCACCCGCAACUACGUUUCCAAGUAUGCCCCUGCCGCCUACGGCCCCAAGAUUUACAACCAUACUGGACGUGGCUACCCCGAUGUCGCUGCCUCUGGCGACAGACUUGCUACUGUCUCUGACGGCAAGAUCUACGGCGUUGGUGGUACCUCUGCUUCUGCUCCCGUCUUCGCUGCCAUCAUCAACGUCCUCAACGAGAAGCGUCUCAAGAUGGGCAAGAAGCCCAUUGGCUUCCUGAACCCCAGCCUCUACGCCCACCCCGAGAUGUUCAAUGACAUCACCGUCGGCAGCAACCCCGGCUGCGGCACCGACGGCUUCCCUGCUUCCAAGGGCUGGGAUCCCGUCACUGGCCUGGGCACUCCCAACUUCAAGAAGAUGUGCAAGGUCCUUGUCAAGCAGCUCCCAUAA